AUGUUCCUAAGUAGGGACUGUCAGGCAUCAUCUACGUCCAAUCUUUACGGAUUUUGACUCCAGCAAACUCCAACAACAAUUAGCCAUUCUUUGGUUUCUAAUUUAAUGUAUUUUGACUGCUUGGUUGAGGUUUGGAUCUGCUUGUAAAUAGAGGCGGUAUCUGUAAGCAGCCUCAAAUGAAAUUGCUGCCUGAGAGGCAAAUUGAGGGCACUAACCCAACCCAGUCAAACUUUUUCCAUACUGUGCUAGCCGAAGCUACAGGAUACUGACAGAAGGCGGUUUAGCGCUGUAGCGGGAUGACGAUAUCGCUCUGGUGUCCCCACUGAAUGACUGAGAUCCUCAGUACUUGUUGUCGGGCUUAAGCUGUCGUCCAUCCAUCCACCCAUUCAGAUACCACAGCUGACAGCACAGCCACAUCCGGACUCCAUACAAAGGAGGCAAAGGGAUCUGUCAUCUCUCCAAAAAAAAAAAAAAAGAAUCCAGUGGGUGAUGGUGAAGAAAACUGAUGCAAAUAGCCCCUUAGAAAAUGAACAUAAGGAGCUGUAGGGACUGAAUGAUCAUGUGGACAGCAAUAACCUUAUAAUGGCAUUGGGAUCUCCCAAUCGAGGGAGUAAUUAUUUACCCGUAGGUCCCUGUCCAGCAGAUAUUCAGAACUUGUCAGUUGAGGAUCGGCUUGUCCAACAGGAAAUACUCUUUGCAGUUUACUGAUCCACUUCAAGAUUUCUAGGCCACAUGCAACCACCGCCUUAGUGUUUUUGCUCCAUGGUGAAGGCACGAUCGAUCCACUCUGUAUGCAAAAGGUUGUGACAGCCUUGUAUUUAUAUUCACUCAGUGUUUGCCCAUUCCUUUUUCACUACUAUAAGCUUCCUAUUGCUAGAAAUCCUGAUAAAAUGAGUACAGAGUGGGGUGAGAAAUCCACAGCGGACCUCAUGAGUAGGUAUGUCUCCAAGGAAAUGGGAUAUGGAGUACCCAAGGAUGGCUGGCGUAUCUGUCUGGCACACGAGUUCAAGGAGAAGAGAAAGCCCUUUCAAGCAAAAGAUGUCUCGCUGUCCAACAUCUGGGAACACAUCGGCCUUGGAAUCAGGUAUCUAAAAUGGUGGUACAAGAAGACCCAGGUGGAAAAGAAGGCUCCAUUCAUUGAUAUGUUUCGUGCCCAACCCUUGCGUCAAAUAUAUGGUGCUCCACUUGGUGGCAUUGGAGGAGGUACCAUCACAAGAGGUUGGAGGGGAGAGUUCUGUAGAUGGCAACUCAACCCUGGAAUGUACCACUACAAAACUGUCACAGCCAACCAGUUCACAGUUUGUUUGCGACGCGGAGGACAAACAGUUUACCAGCAGGUGCUAUCUGUAGAGCGUCCUCCAGUGUUACAAGGCUGGAACUGGGGCUACUGUGGGGAGUAUGCCUUCUACCACGCGUUGUACCCCCGCGCCUGGACUGUUUACCACCUCCCAGGACAGAACGUCACCUUAACCUGCAGGCAGAUUUCCCCUGUCAUUCCCCAUGACUACCAGGAUUCUAGUCUCCCAGUGGCUGUAUUUGUGUGGGACAUAGAGAACAAAAACGACUACGAUCUAGAUGUCUCCAUCAUGUUUACUAUGGUCAAUGGGUCAGGACACAAAGACGACAAGAGCGGGGGACACUGGAAUGAACCAUUCCACCUGGAGAAGGAGGGGGAGGCGGUGUCUGGGGUCUUGCUACAUCACUGCACUACUGUAAACCCUUACACCCUGUGCAUUGCAGCCCGGGAACAGCCUGACAGGGAGGUCAGUCACCAGACAGCGUUCAGUCCAAAGGGAACCUGCAGCGGUCUGUGGGGUGACCUCAUCACUGAUGGACGACUGGACUCUCCUACAGGUUCCAGCCCGCCGACGCCUAAGGGAGAGAAGGUGGCAGCAGCGUUGGCUGUGGGCUGCUCAGUUCCGGCUCAGGGCCAUAACACCCUGGAGUUCUGCCUGGCCUGGGACAUGCCCAAAAUCGCCUUUGGCUCGAGAGAGAGGGAACACAUCAGGAGAUACACUCGUUACUUUGGGACAAAAGGGGAUGCGUCCCCCUCUCUCAGUCACUAUGCCCUAACACACUACAGACAGUGGGAGAAGGCCAUUGAGGAGUGGCAGAGGCCAAUUCUGCAGGACAGUUCUCUACCCUCCUGGUAUAAAUCGGCCCUGUUUAACGAGUUGUACUUCGUGGCGGAUGGAGGGACGGUGUGGACGGAGCUACAGGAGGAUGCUGAUAUCAGUGGCGGCAUGUGCAGCGAGGACGAGCCGUUUCCAGCUCAGCCGGCUGUCGUCAAGGAGUACGGCCGUUUUGCCUACCUAGAAGGUCAGGAGUACAGAAUGUACAACACAUACGAUGUGCACUUCUAUGCUUCUUUUGCACUAAUCAUGCUGUGGCCCAAACUUGCCUUGAGUGUACAAUACGAUAUUGCUGGCAGUGUGAUUCAGCAGGACCCAACAGAGAGGCUCCAUCUGAUGAGUGGGCGGUAUUCUUCUGUCAAGGCCAAAAAUGUGGUGCCUCAUGACAUAGGAGACCCAGAUGAUGAGCCAUGGCAGAGGGUGAAUGCCUACCUCAUUCAUGACACUGCAGACUGGAAGGACUUGAACCUGAAGUUUGUCCUGCAGGUCUACAGGGACUUUCAUCUCACCCAGGACAGUCAGUACCUGCAGGACAUGUGGCCCAUCUGCCAGGUGGUGAUGGAGUCAGAGAAAAAGUUUGACCUGGAUGGAGAUGGACUAAUAGAAAACUCUGGAUAUGCUGACCAGACCUAUGACGGCUGGACAGUGACUGGACCAAGUGCGUACUGUGGUGGGCUGUGGUUGGCGUGCCUGUGUGUGAUGUGUAAGAUGGCCAGACUAGUGGACAACGACGAGGCAUACCAACAUUACAGGAACAUCUUGGACAGAGGCAGUGCCGCUUUUGACCAACUGCUGUGGAACGGCAAGUACUACAACUAUGACAGCAGUGGGAGAGACCUUUCUAACAGUGUCAUGUCUGACCAGUGCGCAGGCCACUGGUUCCUGAGGGCGUCGGGCCUGGGGGAGGGGCACUAUCAGGCUUUCCCACAAGAAAAAAUCCAGAGUGCACUUAAAUCUGUCUUUGACUUGAAUGUAAUGAGCUUUGCUGGAGGCCAGAUGGGAGCAGUUAACGGCAUGCGUCCUGAAGGAGUGACUGACCGCUCCAGCGUGCAGUCCGAUGAGGUCUGGAUUGGAGUAGUGUACGGACUGGCAGCCACUAUGAUCCAUGAGGGUAUGCGGGAGGAGGGUAUGCGCACUGCGGAGGGUUGCUACCGGACUGUGUGGGAGAGACUCGGCAUGGCAUUCCAGACUCCUGAAGCCUACUGUGAGAAAGGCAUCUAUCGCUCUCUGGCCUACAUGAGGCCUCUGAGCAUCUGGGCCAUGCAGCUAGCCCUCAAUACUUCACGGAAGGAUCAGACCACAUCAGCUGAAACUGGAGACACAGACAGGGAGCAGGGACAGGAUUUGAGAGAAAACCAGAGCUAGGAGUUGGGCCAUUAGACUGGUGUGAUUAGAGAGGUAUGAGUCUGAAAAUGACCUCAAACACUCCUGCAGCCACCACUCUCAUCUGUGCUCACACCCUGCAGUGCUCUGUUUGACUGUUUACAGACCUUGAAUUUAAUUCUCUACUGUAUGUCUUGCUUCAGAUAUUUUGUCAUUUGAGGCUUGAGAUCAUAACUGUGAUGGUUUAUGCUUAACAAAGCCAGUGUGCAGUGUAGGGUGGUAGCCAGGCACUGUCACAAUCAUAGCCAGUAUGUAUAUUAAUUUAAAAAUUGAUUUUGUGUUCCAGCAACAUACUGUAUAUUUGCACGCAUGUACACACACACAUGCAAGCUCUACAUUUAACAAUUUACAAUCAUGUUAAUAACAAAGUUUGCAUAUUUGCAACAGGUUUAUAUGCUAAAUAUUUGAAGACUGUUGUCUGUUAUUAUACUAGCCACAUGUAGUCAUUAUUGUCUUUAACAGUUGAGUACAUCACAAGGCCUGUUAGGGAAUCAAGUCGAAUUUGAUUGAUUAUUGGAUCAGAUAUAUAGACACUUGAAAAGAGUCAAGAAAAUUGAAGAUUUUAAUUUGAAUGCUGUAAUAAGUGAUGUGAUAUGUGACGAGUAGUGUUGGAAAUUAAGUCUGGAAAAAAUCUUUUUUUGUCUUUUUUUUUGUAAAAUAGCAUUGGGUGCCUUGUUGCAUGUUGAUCUAUAUCUACAGUAUAUAAAUGUAGCGGCAACAUUUACUAUGUUUUAUAAGAUCCAAACUCAUGACAAUCAUGCUGAAUAAAUGACUUAAUA